GCUCUACACUCAUUUAUAUUGCAGGCGUAAUGCAAUGUCUGUGCACACUCUUGAUGUGGUGGUUAUUGAUGUCUCCUCUCUUUCUCCCUUACAGGCAAUGUGAUGUGAACUUCCCAGUUCUCAAAACAGCACUGAUGUUGCUUUUUCUCCUUCUUUCUUCUCUUUACUUUUCCCAUACAGUCAAAGUAUCAGCAGUAGAGGUCAACACACCGGAGGAGAUAUUUGUGGAGAAUGGGACAGACGCAAAGCUUCCAUGCACAUUUACAUCUGUGGAAGUGAUCAGCAGCGCGGCAUCUGUUUCUUGGAGUUUUCAACCAGAGGGAGCUGCAACUCGUAUCUCAUUUUUCUAUUACUUGAAUGGAAAGCCAUACCCUGGAAAAGACAUACCAUUUAAAGACAGGAUCACUUGGGCUGGAGAUCUUAACAAGAAAGAUGCUUCUAUCAGUAUAUCAAACAUGCAGUUCCGGGACAACGGCACUUACAUUUGCGAUGUCAAGAACCCACCUGACAUUGUUGUCAAACCAGGAGAAAUCCGAGUUAGAGUUGUGGAGAAAGACAGCCUGCCUGCGUUCCCCAUUGCCAUGGUGGCAGGGAUAGUCAUCGGUACGGUUACAGGUCUCUCACCGCUCAUCUCUAUUAUCGUGUGUCUUGUCAUCAGAAAGAACAACUCUAAAAAACGAUACUCUGGCUGCAGUACAUCUGAGAGCUUGAUGUCACCGGUUAAACAGGCUCCGCAGAAGUCGCCCUCCGACACAGAGGGUCUGGUAAACAGCGUGCCCACCAGAUCACACCAGGGCCCAGUCAUUUACGCGCAGUUAGAUCACUCCGGAGGACACCACAGCGACAAGAUUAACAAGUCAGAGUCUGUGGUCUAUGCUGAUAUUCGGAAGAACUGAGAUGAAAUCCUAAGCUAUCCAAAGGAAAACACACAUUCAGACUGGAAUCGCUGGAACAAGAUUUGACCCAGAGAACUCACAUGUGGCCUUUGACGCCCAGGCUAGGACCAAUGCACGUGCAUACAGAAGGAAAGAUAUUAUAUGUAUUGUGUGUAAAUAGUCUAUUUAAUCGUACAGAAGUGAGACCAAUGUUGCAUGUUGAAAUGCGGUAAGAAUUUUGCUUAUAAAUCGCCAAUAUUCUUUUUUGUAUCUUGUGUGACGAGAGAGAAAGUGAAAACUCGCAUCACAAUUUUAAAAUAUUUUUAUCUUGAUUAUUAGUGGAGAAACUGGAAGAUGCCUGAAGAUUCUAGAUUGACCUGGAGAUUCUUUUUUUUUGCUUAUAGGGCUUAAUUUCUUUUGUUGAGGUGGGUACAAAGAAAAUAUCUGCUCUAUAUUCACAGACUUCUUUAUGUAUACAGGGUAUUUUAUCUUUCCUUGGUCAGACCCUCAGUACAAGCUGCCUUCUCACAUGAACUGGAUGCUCUCACUUGGUCUUGUGAGCCAAGUUGUGACUCCUAGCUAUAAGAAAUUUAUGUCUUUGCAGUAUAAGUGAAGGAAGUGCUUAGGUCUAUGUGACCUGUGUAACACAGAUCACAGGACUAUUUACUUCUAUACUGAGUCCAUCUAUUCAAGCUUAGUCCUUUAAAGUACAGGGAUAGUGUUGAUCUAAGGAAUUUUGCAAAAUGGUAGUUUACCUGUGGAAACUUAAGAGCUAGUUAGUUAACAGGAUGGGAAGCUGUAGCUGCAGGAGCUGUAGCUGCAGCUCCGACUCUGUUGAAUCUUUCAGUGAAAUGCUUCCUCCUCCAAGCUCUGUCAUUUCAUAUAAGUGUGAAAAAGGGCUCCAAGGGAUAUGGAAGUUGUAGUAUUCCCUCACCUCUCUCCCAUGGUUCCAUUAUAACACUAUCACUUCCUUAGAGAUGCUUCAUCCUUUCAUAAAAGCCUGUAGUGGCGGCUAAAUGAACUCUGAAGGAUGUCUCCACUUCACUUCCUAGGGUUCACUCUUUGGUUUCUUUUGAUGUGUGUCUUUUUGUGUAACCUAUAUUUGCACAGAGGAUAUGGACCUAUGCGACCCGAUCUAGGUGUACCUGCUUCUGCAGGGGAGUUGGACUAGAUGAUCUCUAAAGGUCCCUUCCAACCCCUACCAUUCUAUGAGUCCAUGUUUCUAUGUGGUGUUGGCUUUUUUUUGUAGCAGCAAAUAAUUUUCAGUUUGGUAUACUCUAAGCCCUCCUCUCCGAUUCUUACCUGUUUCCUAGUUGAGGGUAUUUCAUGGAAUGAGUCACGGAGUGCUUGAGGUUGGAAUGGACCUCUGGAGAUGAUCUAGUCCAAGCCCUUCUUCUUCAGGCAGGGUCAGCUACAGGAGGUUGUUGCCACUACUGGCAACAUCACUCAGCCCACCCCCACUGAGGGGACAAGAACAUUACAUACACAGUAUGGAUGAUGUUUUAUUCCAACUAAUUGUUUACACCAUGUGCUUUUAUCUGCUAACACAAGCACCUCCUUUCACUCCACCCCGUGCCCACCUCUUCUGUACCCUCCACCUCUUGCGUUACAACCCGAGAUCUUCCGGACGCCUACAACAGGAGGUCACCCAGCACCAUGGCCAGUUGGGUUUUGAGUAUCUCCACAGAUUAAAACUCUGCAACAUCUCUGGGUAACCUGUUCCACUUAGAGUGAUCAAAGAGGAAGAAAAAAGUGCUUCCUUGUGUUCAGGUGGAAUUUUCUCCUUAAAAAUUUCUGUCCAUUGCCUCUUGUCCUGCCAGUGAGCACUACUGAGAAGAGUAGUGCUCUUCAUUCCCUCCAAUUGAAUAUUUUAUACACGAUGAUAGGAUCCCUCCCCAGGCCUUCUUUUAUUUGUGCCUAAUGGUCUCGGCUCUCUCAGCCUUUUCUCACGUGAAAGAUGCCCCAGUUCUUUUAUCAUCUUUGUGACCCUGAAGUCGACUUGCUUCAGUAGGUCUGUAUCUCUCUUGUACUGGAGAGCCCAGAACUGGACACGGGUCACCAGGGUGGUCUCACCAGUGCUGAAUAAAGGGAAAGGAUCACCUCCCUUGACCUGCUGGCAAUAAGUGCCUAACACAGCCUGGGAUACCAUCUGCCUUCUUUGCAGGAGGGGCAUACUGCUAGCUCAUGCUCAUCCUGGCAUCUACCAGGACCUCCACGGGGCCUUUUCUGCAAAGUUGUUUUCCAGCCAGGCAGCCCCAAGCAUGUACUAGUGAAUGGGGUUGUUCCUCCCAAGGUGCAGGACUUUACGCUUCUCCUUGAGCUUCAUGGAAUUCUUAGCCCAGUUCUCCAGCUUAUCCUGAUCCCUCUGAAUGGCAGCACGAUGUCAGCAACUCCUCCUGCUCUUGUAUUAUCUGCAAAUUUGUCUCUACUGAAAUUAUGUUUUUCAGGUGUCUUUUUCAAUCUGUCAGUUGAAAACUUGGGUUGAAUUCUCAUCCUAUCCUCCAGUGAGCUUGCAACACUUAGCCUGAUACUUGCAAACUUAAGCCUACGUUCGACUGUAAUGUCAAGUAAAUGAAAAAUGGUUUUAGGCCUGUGGCAGACCCUUUUUGGAACCACAUUAGGUAAUUACGAUGGCCCAACUUUAAUAACUCUCUUGUGUACAGUGUUUUUUUUCCUAACAAAGUUGGAUGUGCCAACAUUAUGUUCUUUCAUUGGGAUCAGACUUCAUGGGUUUCCCGACAACAUCUGCCUCUGUUAGGUGCAUCAUUAAGAUUGGGAUGAAUCCUACUGCUGCUGCUUUCCUUUCCUUGUCUUACCAGUCUGUUACUUCCCAACAUUUGUUUUACACUUAGUAAGAGAUAAACACUUUUGACAUGGUUGAUGGAGAAACUUGAUUUUGAUCUGCCUGUGUUUACCCUUGUGCAUCACCAUCUUUUUCCCCAGACAUUUUAGAAUAAGAGGGAGAAUGUGAUGAAUGUAGCGAUCAAAAACUUGCUGCUAUGAGAAGACAGGGCUGUCCUUGGCUCUGAAGUCUGCUACUAAUGUUUGUUUAUUUUCCUGCUGGAAUAUACUGGAGAAUCUAAGCACAAUCCUGAUCUGGUGCUGACUUUUAAGAAACAUGCUGAUCUGGUGCUAACUUAGGAAACAUGCCGGUCUGUUUGGUGCUAACGUUAGGAAACAUGCUGAUCUGGUUGGUGGCAACUAACUUGAGCAAACAUCUCCUUCCCUUGCUUUUGUUUAGCAACGGUAUAUUCAUGUUGGUUAUACUGAGGAGAGGCUCAUUGCUCAAGGCUGAUUGGAUCCUCUUCGGGAAGGCAGAGUGAACUUGGAAGUGUUUUUAAAGAACAUGUUGAAUGUCUUUAUAGAAAGAAACAAAAGUCCCUUCCCCCAGGAAUGGCAGAAAUCAAUCUGAAACCCUCUUCAGUGUGAAGGCUGUUGAAAGAUCUUUUUUCUUUUCUUUUUUUUUUGUUUUGGUCAUGGAAACAUGAACAAUGCAGCUAUUAUAUUAAAUAACUUAUUCAGGCUCAAGUCAAAAGAACUUGAGGCAAUCUGAGAUAAUACUUGUGAAUUUUCUGUCCCUCAGCUUAUCUCAGCUUGUUUAAUCACACAGUAACCUAUGCUGAUUGAUGAAAGGGACUGAUGGUAAGUUGGUUUACUUAGUAAACUCUCAGGAGACAGAGGACUUCUACUUCCUUGAUGGGUUGCAAGCAAAGAUUAAAGUCAGACAAGGUCAUCAUAUCCUGAUGUUACUGUGGCCAGAAGUUUGCUCUACUGCUCUUAAUUUUCUGAUGCUGUUCUUUGUGUGUGGAAAGGAAUAGCUUGGACCUUGAGGGACACUAAAUGUGUUGUCCUGUUGUAGUACUGCUGCUAGUGCUUUUUAAGACUAUCUAUUUAAAAAAGAAGUGCAGCGUGGCAGGCUUGGUGCAGCAAAGCCAAUGGACAGGCAGUCUCUGCUGAGGCAGUAGCAAAGGAUUAAAACUGUUACAUGGAUCAUUGUUUUUGGAUAGUGGGGCUGGGGAAGGGCUUUGUGAUGUAAAAGUCUUGCAAUUACUUCUGUUUUAUUCAUCAUGCAAACAAAACGGAUAAAUCUGUAAUCCAUUUCUCAUCUGGGGGGAAAAAUAAGGUCUUUUAUGGGUAAGAUGACCUUACACCUGUUGUAGGAGUGUGGUGGUGGAGUGCCAGCCUGGGCUGCGGCAGCUAAACCAGUUGGCAUCCCCUGGAGCCAGGGGUAUGAAUGGCAUCAUCCCUGGUUUUGACAGGACUGCUAAGUGGAAAAGUUUUGGCAUUUCAAUUACAGCAGAUAUAUUUUUCCCUUUUUUCAAUUACUAGAAAUGAAUUUUGAGGAGAUUACAAUUAUCAAGUAUCAAUCCAAGCAAAUUGGUAGCUGUACUCAGUACAUCAAAUCUCCAUUGCCCCUUUUGACCUCAGCAGUUGUUCUGUGAGGGAGACAGUUGCCGUGGCAUUAAGAGCCGUUACAGAGUGGCUGAUACCUCCCUGUAGCUAACUGAUUGACGUGUCAUUUAUAACCAGAGCCCCAUAGCCUUUUGUUUUCUCUCAAAGCUCUAGUGACAUUUCAGUUUGUGACUUCAAGGGACAGCAUUAGGUUUUUAACUUUUCUAAACCCGUGAGAACUGUUUAGGUGACCAUCUGUCUUGUAACUGCAGUAAAUGUGUAUAUGCAACUUAGAAGCUGCAUUGCCUUGGAGUGGGUUCAUUGAGGUCAAGUGUGGGCUGUUUGAUUUAUAACCCAAACACCUUGACUCUGUAUUGAAAUCUUGUCUUGGAAUUUUAUAUUAUUAUUGUAUCUAUCUAGGAUCUCAAAUACAAAAUGUUUUUAUUGUGUAAUAGGUGAUGGAAAUAUUUUCUCUUUAAAACCAUCGGAGCUCAGAAGGUGGGUAAGACUUCUGGGCUGUGGCCACAUCCCUGCAGUGCUAGUAUUUGGGUAACUAUUAUGUGGGAGAGUAUGAAACCAUAUUAACUAUGCUCAGCAAUUACACUCUUCUUGAGGCUUCUCUUUCCCUUCUCUUCACUGCCUGAAAGCUAAUAAGCCCUUUAAUUUAAAGGCCUUUUUGCACUCUAAAAUGUAAGUUCAAUGCCUGUGGAGAUCAGCGUGCAGUGCCAUCUUUUCCAUCUCCCUGCAAUGCCAACUGUUUUUAUGUGGUAAAUGUAAUUGGAAACGUAGACUGUGUACUUUUUAUUUGUAAACCUCUGUCUUGGAGGUAUGCCGGAGAAGAAACACCUGUAAGACAGGUAAAUAAUCUGUGUGAGAGAGCUAGAUACGCAUUGCAUGGCCCGAUUACAUGAAGAGCCAAUGUACCAACUGUUAGUGCUUUUGCUUUUACAAACUCAUCUGGAAACAGUUAUCUUGGAUAUUUUUUCUUGAAUGGACUUUCAUGAUUUCUGUUGUAAUCUUGUGAAUAUUUUAAUACACUUUUCUCUCCCUCACCCAUUACUGGUUGCUGGACGAGUCUUGUCUGGUAAGGGACUGGGAAAGAACGGGAACUGGAAAACACCAUCUCUCUUUCUGGCAGUAUUCAACAGUCCCUGCAGUCUUUGUCAGCUCAGCAAACAAGACAGCUGGAGAGUUUAUCCUUUGAACUGAUACCCUGUAUUACCAUUUCAGCCAGGAGAACUAAGAAAUACAAGUGAAACUAUAGCAGAAAACCCAUGGGAGAGAAAUAGCUUCAUGGCAGGACAGCCUCUGAAAAAGCAGAGCUCUCGGGUGUGUGUCUUGUAAGAAUGUAAAGUAUCCUACACAAAUGCUUUGCACGGGGUAACAUACCCAGGGUGAGAAAGGAAGGGACAUCAGUGCCACAAGAAGAUCCUGUAGCUCUUGUAACUACUAAACAGUUUCCUCUCCACUCUUGCCAUGCUGGAGUGACAGGAGGAAUAGGAUUGGGGGAAAGUCGGGAUGGAGAGAGACUUAAUAAUAGGGCUUUGCAAAACUCUAGUAUUUCAAGGCCUUCAUUUUCCUGAAAGCUGAAUCCCAAAGAAGCUACUCUAGUCUCACAGUUAUCUUUUUCUCCUGGAUAUAAAUUACUGAGCCAUGGUACUGGCUCCUGCCCUUGGUGGAAGAGGUCUGAGACAAGUUGCCAGGGAAAGUCAUUGAUACUAUGCUCUGAGCACAAUUGCCUUGUACUUCUCAGUAGCAGAUGGGCUUUUUUGCAGUGUAAAGCUUUGGCUCAGAAGCUAAUUCACAGUGGUACAUUUUUCAUCUUUACAGGAGAGGAAGUAGGCAGAGAUGUUGGCUUCUGGGAAGGCUUCAGUGUUUAUUCACAAACAUACCACAGAUGGGUGCACACCACUGCCUCCAGAGCUUUAGAAAACUGACAUGUACAUGUACAUGUUCCCUGAGUGCACACCUUCAGAUGAAAUCCCUAUGUACUUAAGUAAGGGGAAAGUGAGUAACAGAAGGUUUGGCUGUUUAAUUUUCACAUUCCCAUCAACCAGGUACUUCAGUGCACUCAAUGUCUCCAUCUAGAUUGUAAAGGAUGACAAGCUAAACCAGUGGCACAUACUAGUUUGCUCUCCUCUUGUUAAAGACAGUGGUGGCUGGCAAACAAAUCGAGAUACACAUUCCUGAAGCUGGAAGGAAUAUCCUUACACUAUCAGGGAACAGCAUUAGAGAAUGAAAUGCAAGUGCAACUUGGUUACUGAAAGCACAGAAAAACUUGACCCAAGUCUGACUGUGACCUGACAAAUUAGUUCAGUCUGAGGCUUUGGCUGACUGUCACUAGCAUUCUGUCACUCCUGGCCCUGUUCAGUGGAGCCAGGUAAGAUAGGGCCCAGCAACUCAUUCCAGGCAUAAUCCACAAUCAGUGUCUUUUAAAGCAACAAUAUAAGACACAUAAUUUUACUUCAAUUUAAAAGGUUGCACUUUAUUUAAAUGUAUGGAGAAACUUUGUUAUUUGCACUUAGAAAAGGCUUGCUCUCUAGACAUUUGGAUUUCCUCUUUCAUUUUCUCAGAGGAAAAACAUUAAAAUUAGUGAAGCUAGGUCCCAUGGGGAAGGCUUUGUGCGUUGUUGGAUUUGACCUGUUGGGUUAGGCAUCCCUUUGCUGCAGCUGUUCUUGUUGUUUUGCUUUUAGCUCCUGCUGAUACCUAUAGGGGAAAAGAAAGAAAAUUAAAGAAAAAAGAGCACAGACUAAGAAUAGAACACUAGUUAAGAUAAUAGUGUCUUCCUAACAGUCUGUUCAGCAGAGGAUGUUUAAAAUUACAAUGGACUUGGGGGUGGAAACUCAGGAUAGGAUAGUUUAGUUCCUGUAAGAAGUUACAAAUUUGUUGCUUAGUUUGCCUUACUUCCUGGCCAGUACUGAAGCCACAGAAUUACAAAUUUUCCCUCAAGAUAUAAUAGUAAAAAUAAGCAACAAAAAAACGCCUGCUAUGCUUCAGAACCCUUGAUCCAGCUGGAACUGACAUGAUUCAACACUAAAAGCUGACAGAAGUGCAAAGCUUUUGAAUCACAGAAACACAGAAUGGUAGGGUUGGAAGGGACCUAUAGAGAUCACCUAAUCCAGCUUCCCUGCUCAAGCAGGUCCACCUAGAUCAGGUCACACAGGAGCACAUCCAGAUGGGUUGUGAAAACCUCCAGACUCCACACUCUCCCUGGGCAGCCUGUGCCAGGGCUCCUUCAGCCUCACAGCAAAGUUUUUCCUUAUGUUUAAAUGGAACUUUUUGUUCUGUUCCAACUUUUGUCCAUUACCCCUAGUCCUAUCACUGGAUACUACAGAAAAAAGUGUAACCUCAUCCUCUUGACAUACACCUUUUAAAUACUUUUAAGUAUUAAUGAGGUUCCCCCCUCAGUCUCCUCCAGACUAAACUGCCCCAGUUCCCGCAGCCUUUCCGUGUAUGAAAGAUGUUCCAGUCCCCUGAUCACCUUGGUGGCCCUGCGCUGGACUCUCUCCAGAAGUUCUCUGUCCCUCUUGAGCUCAGCAGCCCAGAACUGGACAGCCCAGAACUGGACACAGGACUCAGAUGAGGCCUCACCAGGACAGAGGGGGAGGAGGAAACAAUCCAGGCUGUUUGUCAAACCUGCUGCUUUUAAAGAAUUCAUUAGACCUAAAUACUACAGCAUUCCUCAAAAUGUGCUCUAGCUAUGCUGAAAAUAAUUAAAGCUUCACUGCCCCUCAUCUGAAAAACAAACAAUGUAGCAAAAAAAAGUUGUGCAAUGUUUCAUCAGUUGUUCCAUUCCUCUUGCCUGUUGCACUGACAUUGAGGCAGUCAGAAUGUACAAAUUCCUGGUUAAGACGAGGUGUUGUGAAUGCUUAGAUAUAGUACUUUUUAAUACAUACCUCCAUAUUCUGAAGAGUUGAGAGCCACCAGCACAGCCAACAAAGAAGUUCACAGCAAACAGACUCCAGUUUUUGGGAAUAAUAACUAGAGAGUACCUCGACCAAAUAAGGCCUGUUGAAUUAAAGGGAAAGUUUAAAGAUGUUAAGUCUUUAAAGUGAAACACUCAGACGUUCCCCCUAAGCGGAUUAGUACUGAAGGAGGAUUCAGAAAGAAGUCUAUACAGUUUUAGGGUGUUGUAUAAAAGCAUGGAGUAACUUUGGCUUUACCCGUGGCCAUUAGUACGGCAGACUGUGCUGUGCUGAGCUUUUCUGCUGGUCUUGUCAUAUCAGCCAUUCCAGCACACACCAAACCCUGUAAAGAGAAAUUCAGUGAGCACCAGCCCAGGAGGAGAACCUCCUGUCACAGAUCAAAUGCUUUACAAGGGGAAGUUGCUUCACAGCUCAGUGCUUAUUCUACAUGCAUUAUGCAGGAGAUGGGAUGUACUCUAUGAGUGGAGUAAGGAGACUCUCAGAGAUGCCAUCCAUCUCUAGUCCCCUGUGGUAAGAAUAAGAGCACUGUUGUUGGGGCUUGCAAUAAAAUCCCAGGCAACGGGAAUUUUGUGGUAAUACAAAAACAAGGCUAUUUUAAACACAGCUGUUUAAGAAAGCAGCUGAAAAAAAAAUGGUUUUCAUGUAACAAGUAGAAGCAUAUUUAGAUAAGGCUGUUCUUCCUAAAGCUCAGAUGAAGACACUGCUGGUAAACAUGUAGGUGUGACAUAGUCCUCGCUCAGCUUCAUCUGAGGAGGUAAAGCUGCUGCUUUCUUAAUAUAAUUUCAGUAAAAGUAGAAAACUUCAUGUGAAGUGAGAAAUAGCUUGGCUGAUCUACGUUGACAAGGUCACUGGCAAACACACUAUUUGAUUUGUUGUGUUGUGUUAUUGCCCUCUGCUGGAAAUACAAUUUCAUGUUGGUGUUACAGUAGUUCACAAAAAAUCCCCAAACCUCAGACCCCACAAAUGAGAGUCCUAACGCUUUUAAUUCACUGACUGACACUAAGGGCUCCUUUGACUCCAAUCAAGACACCGGUUUUCAAAGGUAAAGACUUCUGUGUGCUGUCCCACAUACAGGAUCAAUAUUGCCGCAGCAGUGCCAUGGAGGUACAGACUUUCAGCACAUUUGGGUAACUGCAGUAAACAUGCAUUUGCCACGUAGGGGGAAAGUAAUUUAAAUUUCUCAGUGAAGAACUGCAGCGUGAGCUUAGAGAAGUCUUCACAAAAGCAAAACCACCCAUGUGUAAGCUUUUUUGAUACAGCAGCAGUCAACACCAGCCUGCUCAGAAGAGCAUCUGUAUGUUCAGGCUCAAAAGCCUCUGAGAAAGGGGAAAGUUAACUUUUUUAACUGCAGCUCCAGCUUAGACUGACAAAUAAACCAGGCUACACCCUAGAGCAUAAUACGUGGCCUAUGGCCUAUAAAAAGUUGGGGUCCACAAUGACAAAGACCAGCUGGCAAUAAGAAGAGCAGGUUCUAUCUUUGCAUUUAUCCAACAAGGGGAUCAAAGUGCUUUAUGAUUUUAGAGGUCAUUUAUUUUAUCUGUACCACUACAACAACUUGUCAGAGUACUGUGACUGAAAAGGCAAAUAUUCACCUGUGUACAAACAUAGCCAAGGGGUGGAACCAAGUGGGAGGCAGAACUGCAUGAAGUGGAGUGCUACUGCCAGACAAAAUGGCAGUUGCCUUUUUUCUUUUGUUUUAUCAAGAUCACCUUGCACUCUGACACGCUUUAACCUGCCUUCAGACUGUGAGGCUUAGCAAUUGGCUUCCAUAAGACACUCUUCAAGUUCCUUAAUCUCAGAAGAAAUAUGUGUUUUGAAUGAUGCUAGCUGAUGCCUACUUUGAGCAACGGUGUUUCACAAGAGAAAGCUGUUGUGAAACUUUCAGUGAAGACUACAUUUUUUCCACACAACAUUUUUCCCUGCUGUAUUCCCUGUAUAUUAUGCUACAUGUUAUUAAAGCUAAUUUUGUUUCACCCCCUGCUGUAUAUGAAAAAUUAA